AUGUCUUUCCAAAGCAGAAGCCUUCUUCAGAACCACAGAAGAAGCCACAGAGGAGAAAGUCCUCAUUGUUGUCCAGAAUGUGGUAAGUUAUUCUCAUGUUUAAGCAAUCUUAAGAGGCACAGAAUAAUCCACACAGGAGAAAAACCUCAUUGCUGUCCAGAAUGUGGCAAGUCGUUCUCAUGGAGAAGCCAUCUUCAGGACCACAGAAUAAUCCACAUAGGUGAAAAACCUUAUUGUUGUUCAGAAUGUGGCAAGUCAUUCUCAUUGAGAAGCAAUCUACAGAGACACAUGAGAAUUCACUCUGGAGAUAAACCUUCUUGCUGUCCAGAAUGUGGCAAACGAUUCUUGCGUCCAAGCUCACUUAGGUGCCACAGAAUGAUCCACACUGGAGAGAAGCAGUACACCUGUUCUGAAUGUGGUAAAGGGUACUCUUCCAGAAGAAGUUUUCGAAGACACACACAAAGUCAUAUUGGAGUAAAGCCUGUCCCAGAAUUGAAAAAUGAUCUUUCCAUUGGCUCCUCAACCAAAAAUUAA